UUUUCUUAAAAGUCUCAUAGUCUAAAACCAGAAAGGUUGCUGUAAACUACCUGUAGCCUGCAAAAYGCAGCUGACAGUAAGGCAUAAUCCCCCUGCAGUUACCUGUGCUUCAGAGCUCACAAUUGUUGAAGCAGACUUAAUUUAAAGGAAAAUAAGUAGCAGCUAGGUAAAUGCACAAGAGGGACUAAUUUAACCAACCUGGUGGAUAAAAGUCAGGGUAGGGCAAGAGGUGUUAUGGGAAUGUUUUCAUCUGUCAGAAAUGUGAUGACUUAAUGAGCAAUUACUACUCUAUGUACCGUCACUGGGCCCCUCCUACACUCACUUAGGAGWAUUUCUACAUUUCUCAUGCACCCUGCCUGUGUGACAAAUCCUCACACACACUGCACCCAAUUAGUGUCAAGCAUAAGAGCUGCUCUGCCUGGGUUUCACCUCUUUAAAGCCCUCCUGGAAGCAAUUUUCCCAGCACACAAAGAAUAAAUCACCRUUCUCCUAACUCUCAGAGGAUGGUUCCCUAAUAAGGGCCAAGUAAAUGGAAUGGAAUGGAAUACAUGAUAAAGCAUUCUAAUUCAUUAGAUAAUAUUCCCAGCAGUAUAUUCAGAGUAUUGCACUGCUUUAAUUGUUCAAUGUUACAURUAAUUAAAAAUGUCAGGGUAGGUGAGGCAAGGCACUUGAAUAGGCCCUUAUAUAAAAGUAGUGGAACACCUUGCUUAAAAAAACCUAAAACCCAAUCCUUCCCUCCUUUGAAAAAUUAUAAAAYCCCCAGCCAACAGGAACAAACAAAACAACCAAACCAACUGGAAAAGAAAGAUCAAUGGACGCCUACUACAGURAAUAUAAUUUACUUUACCUGUGUCCCAGUCUCUCCAGAAGCAUCAGAGGAUGAAGAAGUGUGAGGAGAGGAGAGGGAGGGUAAACAAGUACUCCUGGGGCAUCAACUGCACAACAGRGUGAAGCUGUUAGCUGAAUUUGACAAAUGAUUUACAUGGCCACACCUUGUGUAAUCAAUAGCUCUUGUGCUGUUGGAAUGUCCCAAGGAGUCUCMUUUGAAUCUAGCUGUCACUCCUCACACAUUUUCAGGUGACCAACAUCUGCUGCCUUCUGCUCUGGUGGACCAGAGGGAUCUGCCCCCUCCUUUCCUACUCUCAUGUUGCCUUCUGAGGGCUGGCUGAGUAAGAAACCAUCACCUGGCUGUGAAGGAGCAGCUGCCCUGAACAGAAAAAACAGCCCUGGAGUGGCUCCAGAUAACUCUUGUGCUGGAGAAGUGAUUUGUCAGAGGUGGCUGGGAAGGGCUGGAGGGGAGCACUGGUGAGCUUACAGUGGGUAUAGGAUGAGCAGAAUCAGAGGAUUUGUUUUGCCAGCGCCGUCUGAGGCUGCUGCGAAUAGGGUGGGUAGAGGGCACCUUUCCCUUCCCUGUCAUUGACACAGCUGCACAGGYAUUCCACCUCUGCCUCCUUGGGAUGCCCUGAGCACCAAGGCUGCAUGUCUGGCCUUCUAAACCCCCAUCGUGGUCCCUGCUCAAGCCCAGGGCUUCUCCCCUCAGAGCAGGUUCUGCAUCCCCAGUGCUCUCUUCAUGUUGCACGGAGGCCCUGGGGCUCCAGCCUGAGGGGGGCUCUGCUGAAGAGCAGGAGUGAGGGGUCCUGGCUGCUCAGGGCUACCAAGGGCCAUCAGUGCCUGMGACACGCUGGGAGCUGCCCAGCUCGUCUCCAUGCCGGGAGCUCGGUCCUUGGCCAGCUUCCCUAGAUCUUGGGGAGAUGGGAGCACAUGUCUGGGAAGUGACCUCUGUAGCCAGAGGAUGACGGCGGAGCUGCCGUCUGCUCACCUCGUGAGUCAGGGGAGGCCACGUGAGGCCCCAGCCCCAACGCCUUCCCACCCACCUGCCAGCAUAAGGCAGAGCUGGCACUGGGAUCCCUGACCUGGCAUCCUGAACCACCACACAGCCUYGCAGCUAUAUUUGACAACAGGAAUGCAAGCAGAAGGGUAGCAGAAUUACUACCUCACUGGUGGCACAGCCCAAAGAAACUGGAGUAAGUCCAAACUGAGCUGGUGUGGUUCACUUUUUGUUGUCUCGCUGGAAGAAACUCGGCUUUCACCACGGCCACAGCCCUUCAGGACGUCUUUCUGUGGAACCAACUGCUAGGACCAGCCUAAGACAAGCAGGCACAGCAAUGGAGAACUUGGAUGUCCCUAUCCCAGAUCUUACUGAAGAACAGCAAGACAUUUUCCAGAGGGUUUUUGCUGCUGAUGCCAAGUACUUGGAGAAUCAUGAGAAAACAAACCAAUCCUUCUGGGACUCUCUUGUAAGAUGCUUGGCCACCACUGASCCACCAAUCCUGAAUACUGAAGAAAAGAACAAUCUCCUCAACAGCUGCGAUGCCCUCCCUGGAGGCUGUGCUGCCUGCCUAGAAGCUAUAGAGAAGAAAGGAGUCAGGGCAAUGGCUCUUCUUUACCUUUUGCUGAAGACAUCCAACCCAUCUGGGUACAGGCAGCUGCCCAGCUCAAAGGGAAAGGAUGAAAAAUUGAAACUCCUGAAGAGAUUGGAAAGGAAUUUUGUAUUUUCAGAAGAAGAAAAAAAGUCUGAAAACUCAUCCCAUGAGUCCAUGGAUGAAGAUGCACAAGACAAUGACGAGGAAGAUUUCGCAAGACAGAAGACUGAAGGCCAGUUACUUGGAGGAAUACCAGCAGAGGUGGUUCCCUACAGAGAAUCAGAGAUUGCCAGAAGAGAAGAUUCAGAUGCAGAUGCAUAUGAGAAGGAGAGCACUCACCCCCCUCASUGGACAGUACGGUGGAUGGGCAUACGGAAGGAUGAUGAAUUCUUUCAUUUUGUCAUUCUUUGCUUUGCAAUUGGAGCUUUACUAGUUUGCUACUACUACCACAAAGAUUGGACUAUUUCGCUCGGGAUUGGUUUAAUCACCUUUGCUUCCCUGGAAACCACUGGGAUAUACUUUGGUCUAGUGUACCGAAUUCGGAGUGUCCUUAACAGCUUUAUUCCUCUGAUUGACAGAUUCAGGCCAAGAGGUGUGAGAAAAGCUGCCUAGGAGGAGUAUUUCAGGACAGUUCCCCAAACCUGGCUGUCCAGAUUUUCAGUAUUAAAGGAACUGCUUUAUGAGGUGAACCUAACAACCAAAAGGCCAAUGUGAAAUACUGAAAUGUGAAACUUUUGAAAAACAUCACUCCUUUCCCUCAAAAAUAAACCUGAAACCRGUGUACAGGGCCCCACUCUGGAUUCCAAAGCGGUUUGUGGCUCAGCAGAGCUUGGAAGACAAUCGAGAUGUAGUUUUGUGUUUAAUUCCAUUUAAACAURAACACAUUCACCUUCCCUCCCCUAGGCAGUCCUGUGGUGGUGCAUUACUCAUUUGUAACAAACCGUCAUAGUCUGCCUGUGGUGUACCAAAAUCAACAACAGACCAGUAUUAUCCUGUGCUGGUUCUUGCUUUGCUCUGGCUGUUUCUGUAGGAAUUCUGGCCACCUCCUCCCCCACUCGCUGUGCUGCCCAGAGCAGGCAGAGGCCAGCACUGCUCUCCCAGCUGAGCCCCGGCAGUGGCGGCGCUGGGGCUGAUGAAUUGAUUGUGGCAGAACUCGGAGCAGKGGGCGGGCAGCAGUUUCACCCGAGGAGGGCUGGGGAGAUGUUACAUACACUGACAGUGUGCUGCAGUAAUGAGAUUAUUUACAACAGCAAAUUUAGUCUUUUCUUGAGGGAAAAACAAAGUGCUCAAUUUGAUUCAUUCCCCAACCUUUUUCUUUUUUUGAGUAAAAUAAACAUGGAACUUUGA